AUGACUCUCAGAAUGAAACAGAUUUAUACCAUGAUUGCUGCCUAUGUUAUAACUAGUAUAAAUGGAGAAGAAUGCAUUGACGCCCCAUCAUACAGUGGUACUCUGAACGUGACACUGGGCGGAUAUACAUGUCAGCGCUGGGACAGUCAACAGCCUCACGAACAUGCACGAAACAUUCCCGGUGACUUCCCGAAUGACGCUUCCGUAAAAGAUGCUCAUAACUAUUGUAGAGACGCUGAUGGAACUUAUGAACUUUGGUGUUAUACAACAGACCCGAAAAAAAGAUGGGACAGUUGUUUUAAUGAAAGCGAUAUCUGCAGCUUAAGCACGGGUUCUCCCGGACAAAAUGAAGCAUCAACAGCAUGCUGUCAAUCUACUCUUAGUCUUUUGAAGUCAACGUUGAAAGACCAUACAUCCAAUUCAGGCAAACGUGAAGGGUCUACAUUAGCUGCCAAUACCUCUGCAGAAAUUGCAACACCGUCUUCAAGUGGCAAAGGUUGGAUUUGUAGCUUCUACUUGUUUCCAUUUGCACUGUUAAUGGCGUUAUUGUCUUGCAGCUACAUGUACCAAAAUAAUCUAUGAGUAUCUUUAGUCAACGCAAAAUUUUGAACAAAAGACUCUUUUAAACUAAAUAACGAUUAUGUCUUUUUCUGUCAAAUAAGGUCAUGUUCUCACGUGCAUUGAUGUUUUCAUUAUCAGAUUUUAUUAGGUAUAUUUUCUGUAGCGUCUUACAGUAUUGUGGGCCAAACAAAAUCAUUAAAUUAUUAAAACAUAUCUUACCAUACGAAUGGUUUUGAUUUGUGUUUAAUCUUACCCAACUCCGUGUACUCUUAUUAUACAAGAUAUUGCGCCUUUGUUCAUUUUGCCAUAUCAUGGAUAUUAAAACUAUAAAUUUAUAACA